AUGGCUUUAAGUAGUUUGGCAAAUAGAUAUAGCUCAUCCUCACCAAAUUUUUCUUGUGCAGUUGUGGACACCCCUCUUGUAUGUGCAGUCAAGUCUCUUUCAUUUGAAUGCCUGAAAUUGCUGCUUGAGGGUAAAGCAGACCCAAAUUUUUAUGUCGCUGGAUUAAGUCCUAUGCAAUAUGCUGCAAAAGAAGGAGACACAAAAUUUCUUGAGUAUUUGAUUAAAGCUAAAGGAGAUCCAAAUUCGUCUGACAAAGAUAUACAUAGACCGAUUGAGGAAGCUGCUUUGGUGCAUGAUCGUGCAGCUGUGGAGGUUUUGUUUCCAGUGACUGAACAGCUUGCACAUUAUCCGAAUUGGACUGUUGAUGGCAUAAUCGAGUACACUCAUUCUGAAGAAUAUAAAAAAAUGAGUCAGGAGAAAUUGACAAAGCGCUUAAGUGUAAUAGACUUCGGAGGGUUGCUUGAUGCGGGCAAUAAGAAUUACUACCGAGCAAUCUUUCAUUAUAGAAUGGCUUCUCAUCUUGAUCCAUCUAACGCCACAUGGGUAUCGACGCGAAGCAUGUGGGAAGCACGCACACAUAAAAGCAUUAAUGCUCUGUUAGAUGCUCAGCAAUGCUUUAGGCUCAAGCCACACUGCCCCGUCCCUUACGACAGAGGAGACAAUGCUGCUGCAGCGAAUGAGAUAUUCAAGAAAUUCCUCAAGGCAGGCCUAGCCUUCUCGUUGGAUCCUUAUGAAAGGAAAAAGUGUCACGCAUUUAGAAUUACUAUGUUCGAUUACUUUGCUUGGUUGAGUCAGAUGAGCAGCGCCGAAGAGAUUUUUAGCUGUGAUGAUGAUCAACACUGUAGAAUUUCCCCAUUUUUUGGAUCCAGUCCUUGCACUUUAAAUAUAUUCUGCUUCAUCGAUCGAGUUUCAUCUUCUUCUUUCAUGCGAAACGAAAAAGAAGAGCAAAAGAUGAAAAGCUUGUCGAAGCAGAACGAGAAUCUGGUCGACGAGGAGGAAUCUUCAGAUAAAAUCAAAGCAGAGGUUGAACAUGAAUGGCAUAGGUCGGAUUCAAGCAUGAACUCACACGAACCAGGAGUAAGCUCAUACUCCCUCCAUCGCAAAAUUGAACAGGCUCUCAAUGUACCCCAAAGCGUGAUGUCUGAUGAUUUGAAGAUGAUGACCCAGAACCGGAGAAAGAUAAAAUCCUUAUUUAAUCGAAGAAAGAUAAAAUCUUUGGUUAAUCGAUGCUGUAAAGAAGAUGAGCUUAUGACUGCAAAGAUGGACAAGGAAUCUGAGUUAUAUGUAGCAACCAUAAGUGGUGAUCUCCACCAGUUCAAAACAAUUUUCAAUACAGAUCCUGAAUCAAAAGGUGGAGAUGAAGCUAUUGUAAGAGCCCUUGUGGGAGAUGUCUCUCGUAACGACACAGAGAAGCGUAAUCUACUGAUAGCAGAGGAUGUUGUUUUAGAAGCCAUAAUCAAGGCGGGGCCAAAAUUAAUCCUAAUGAGCGACAGUAAUGGAAGAAAACCGCUUCAUUUUGCUGCAUAUUUGGGUAACCUAGAAGCAACACAUUACCUGCUACAAAAAUGUAAGAGCAAUGCAACUAGAAGAGACAAAAGAGGUGAACUGCCUAUUCAUUUGGCAGCACUUGAAGGCCAUGUUGACAUCAUUCACGCUUUGCUUCAGUAUCCCACCCAAGCUGAGGAGCUGCUUGACAUGUCUGGUUGUAAUAUUUUACAUAUUGCUGCUCGGAGUGGAAGAUAUAAUGUGUUCCAUUAUGUUCUCAACAAUCCAAAUCUCGACUCCCUCGUAAACAUGAAGGAUAAAUCCGGAGACACGCCCCUGCAUAUUGCCACCAGGAAUGAUCAUGCUAAGAUAGUCAGUGCCUUAACCUGGGACCAGAGGGUCGAAACUAAGGCGGUUAACAACAAGGAAAUGACAGCUCUUGAUGUUUUUUAUGAAAAAAGGAAACAUAAACUAUCUUUUGCAAAGCAUUUGACUUUGGCUGCUCUACAUGCUGCAUCUGUUCCUCAAAAUUCAGAUUCAGAUAGAAAGGUGAAUGUCAACUUGAAUGUCUUUAAGGAAAGAGUAAACACUUUCCUGGUUAUGGCAACUCUGGUCGCCACAGUAACUUUUGCAGCUGGUUUCACCAUGCCCGGUGGCUACAUUAGCUCUGAAACUAGCAAUGAAUUGGGCAUGGCAGCGAUGUGGAAAGACACGGUAUUCCACGUUUUUGUUUUCUGCGACACUAUAGCCAUGUAUACUUCAAUCCUUGCUGUCACAACUCUCAUAUGGGCCCAGUUAGGUGAUAUUACCUUAGUUUUCUCUGCCCUCUACAUUGCGGUACCGUUGCUUGGUGUUGCUCUGAUCAUGAUGUCUAUGGCUUUCACAGCUGGAGUUACCAUAGUUCUUAGCAAACUCAGAUGGCUCCAAAUCACUGUGCUUGCCAUGAGUACAUCUUUCAUUGCCCUAUUGCUUCUCCUCCUGAUUCUUUUGUGCGCACCACUCGGUGCAAGGAGUCGGAUACUACGGUAUCUUUCUUACUACCCAUUUUGCUUGCUCGUAUUAGUUACUAGCACAAAGCCGAAUCACUGAAGGCUGAGGCACCACCUAUUCCACAUUGUGGCUCUAUAUCAUAUCUAGUUAUUUAUGUUUGGUAUGUACUUUUAAGGCUGAGGCACCACCUAUUCCA